AUGCGAGCACCCUUGGCACGCUACGACCUCGGCCGUCCGAACCCACAGACCGUUCUGGUUCCAGCUGUGAUCUACGCGCUGCCCAUUGGGGGCCCUAGAGUUCCUCCGCCAUCCACUUACAUUUCGGGUGCUUUCCCGAGGCCUCGGCGAUCCGGCUCAGAUGAUGACGGGGUCAACAUUGUUAUGCCCAGCCUUGGGUUCCUCCAUGAAAAAGUCAUCAGUGGUGAAGCACUCACGUCUUCUUUUAGACAGAUCACUGACAUCUUGUUUGGUGCAAUGGCAUCCACAACAUUGUUUCGAACACGUCAGUUCUACAACAAGGUGACGUCUAUGCACCUUGACAAGUACCCACAGCUGCGAGACGUUGCUGGAAGUGGAUCUGACUCCUGGAAAGUAGCACUUCGAAAUAAAUUCAAAAACCAAAGACGGAAACUACAAGAUGAUUGUGCAGUGCAAAACCGAAAGAAAUUUGGUGCUCAAAGACGCACUGAGGCAGCCGCGAAGGAGCUCCAGCGGAGCAAGAAGCCUAAGAUGGCCAUCGGCCUCCCGAACCUCACAGGCGAAGAUGAGAAUAGUAUGGCCAAACGCGAGGAAUGGCUCAUCUUAGAAAGCAAAAAGUAUUUACCAAAUGAGAAGGCACUGCAAGAAAGAAUGGCCCUAACAGCAAAUCAGACUUCCUGA